UAAUCACGCUUGGAACUGAACCAGAGCACUCGGGUGCCGCGGAGGCCACUGGACAUUUGCAGGGCUCCCAGCAAGUCACUGGUGGCAGCAGCGAGAUCCCAGCCCCCAGCAAUGAGAAACCUCCACCCCUGAAGACCCCAGCCUUGGGUUUCACGUUGUGCUGAGCCUCUGCCCUCACCCUGGCCGGCCCUGCCCGCGAUGGCGUUGUGUCUCAAGCAAGUCUUCAACAAAGACAAAACGUUUCGUCCCCGAAAGAAGUUUGAGCCGGGCACCCAGCGCUUUGAGCUGUACAAGAAAGCCCAGGCCUCCCUCAAGUCUGGGCUGGACCUGAAAGCGGUGGUGCAGCUGCCUCCCGGCGAGAGCAUCAACGACUGGAUUGCCGUGCACGUGGUGGACUUCUUCAACCGCAUCAACCUCAUCUAUGGCACCAUGUCAGAGUACUGCACGGAAAAGAGCUGCCCCAUCAUGUCUGGUGGACUCAAGUACGAGUACAGGUGGCAAGACGAUAGCAAAUACAAGAAGCCGACCAAGCUGUCGGCUCCGCAGUACAUGUGUAUGCUGAUGGACUGGAUCGAGAUGCUCAUUAACAAUGAGGACGUCUUCCCCACCAGGAUAGGUGUUCCCUUCCCCAAGCAGUUCCAGCAAGUUUGCACUAAGAUCCUCACCCGCCUCUUCCGUGUCUUUGUCCAUGUCUACAUCCACCACUUUGACAGCAUCAUCAACAUGGGUGCUGAAGCUCACGUCAACACCUGCUACAAGCACUUUUACUACUUCAUCAGGGAGUUCAGCCUUGUUGACCAUCGGGAGCUGGAGCCUUUGAAAGAAAUGACAGAACGGAUUUGCCACUGAAGCAUUUUGGCAGGCGAACUCAGCUGGCUCAUUCGGAGUCUGCUGGGACAAGACACCCGGUGGUG